AGGGCGGCGCAUGCGCAGUACCCAAAACCCGGGCCGGAGCCGCUUCCUCUUAACGCCGCCGCGAAGAGCAGAGCCGGGCGGCGGAAGAAGCGAAGGCAGCCGAAGCGAAGGGCCGCCAAGGGUUGCCUGCUCGUUCGGUGAAGACUCUUUUUAUAAAUUCAGACCAUCGUUUCGAACUGAAGACUGUAAGUCUGCCGUUGGGUCAGAAAUAAAGUCUGGUUUCACUCUUAAACGGAACAGCUGAAAGUGGCUUUGCAGGCCAAGCGCCAUGAAGAACCAAGAGGGAGAUAGCCCAGCAGCCCUCUUCUCAUCCAGCCCUUCCCAAAGGAACCUUUGCCCAGCUCUGGAGGACGGAGGCUUCGUAGAAGGGACCGCAGAAAGCAGUGAGGGCCUGUCCCCUUCAAAACCUCUGGUGGAUGGGAACCUUGAGAAACCGGUUGGCGAAAAAAAGAGCAAAAAAGAAGAGGGGCCCUUGGCCUGCGAUGUCUCGGAGGAGCUGAGCCGGCAGCUGGAGGACAUCCUCAGCACGUACUGCAUGGACAGCCAGCAGGAGGAGAGUGGCCAGAGCGAGGUGGCCGAGGCGGAGGAGGUGGAGAAGGGCCGGAGCGAGUCUCCCAGGAACGGGGAGCCGGAGCAGAUCGGCCCUGAGAUCAACGGGGAGAAAGAGCUUCCCCGGGGGCAUGGCGAGGACGGCGGGGAGCGGGACCCCAAGCGCAGCCAGGAGAAGAGGAAAGCCAAGGGGCUCGGCAAGGAAAUCACGCUCCUGAUGCAGACGCUCAACACUCUCAGCACUUCGGAGGAGAAGCUGGCGGCCCUCUGCAAGAAGUACGCUGAGCUGUUGGAAGAGCACCGGAACUCCCAGAAGCAGAUGAAGAUCCUGCAGAAGAAGCAGAGCCAAUUGGUGCAAGAGAAGGACCACUUGCGGAGCGAACACAGCAAAGCCAUCUUGGCCCGGAGCAAGUUGGAGAGCCUUUGCCGGGAGCUGCAGCGGCACAACCGCACCCUCAAGGAGGAGGGUGUCCAAAGGGCCCGCGAAGAGGAAGAGAAGAGGAAAGAGGUGACGUCCCACUUCCAGGUGACGCUCAAUGACAUCCAGCUGCAGAUGGAGCAGCACAAUGAGAGGAACUCCAAGCUGCGGCAGGAGAACAUGGAGCUGGCGGAGAGGCUCAAGAAGCUCAUAGAGCAGUAUGAGCUGCGAGAGGAGCACAUCGAUAAGGUCUUCAAGCACAAGGACCUGCAGCAGCAGCUGGUGGACGCCAAGCUGCAUCAGGCGCAGGAGAUGCUGAAGGAGGCCGAGGAGCGGCAUCAGCGGGAGAAGGACUUUCUACUGAAAGAAGCAGUAGAGUCCCAACGGAUGUGCGAGUUGAUGAAGCAACAGGAGACGCACCUAAAGCAGCAGCUGGCUCUUUACACCGAGAAGUUCGAAGAGUUUCAGAACACGCUUUCCAAAAGCAGCGAGGUGUUCACCACCUUCAAGCAAGAAAUGGAGAAGAUGACGAAGAAGAUCAAGAAGCUGGAGAAGGAGACCACCAUGUACCGCUCCCGCUGGGAAAGCAGCAACAAGGCCCUGUUAGAAAUGGCUGAAGAGAAAACCCUGCGGGACAAAGAGCUGGAAGGCCUGCAGGCCAAGAUCCAGCGCCUGGAGAAGCUCUGCCGGGCUUUGCAGACGGAGCGCAAUGACCUGAACAAGAAGGUGCAGGACCUUUGCGCCCUGGCCUCUCCGCCGGCUAACUUGGACGCCCAGCAAGGUCAAUCGGAGGAGGCGGCAGCACGGGGUCCAGACCCGGCCGGCGAGUGCCUCGCGGGACUCACCGAAAGCCCCGGUGGACCCAGCAUAGGAGCCUCCAAACCCGAAGCCGAGGAAACUGAGUGAAGAAAAGGGUGGCGAGCGGGCCUCUGCAGAGACUGAUCCGUUCCGGGCCUCAAGGGAGGCGAGGAAGGGAGUCCGCCGGUCAGGUUUCCCAGUUCAAUACCGAAGGCACUCUCUCUUCUCUCCCUUUUACCCCACUCUUCUUCUUCUUCUUCUUCUUCUUUUUUUGUUUGGCUUCUUUUUGCAAAACUAUCUCAACCUAUACUCUGCGACAUGGUCCACUUUUUGAUUCCAAAUGCAAACAGACCCAAGAAACUGGGGGAUUAUAAGAAUCCACAAUUCCCAGUUUCGCUCCAAAUAUUCCACAUUGUGUCCUCCAAUUACAAACAAAAAAAAGUGGAUUUUGCAGGGAACUCGGAGCAAAUGUUGUAGCUUUCUUUGUUGUCCCCCGUAAAAAGAGAGCUACAACGUACAAUCUCCGGAGUUGUAGGGUUUUUGUUGUUUCCCCCCCCCCCCCUCCACAUAAAAAAAGCAGGGUUUGUCUUCUGGAGAAUAAGACAGAUAUGAGAAAGAAGAGACGGUAAGGUUGAAGUGUGCUGUCUUUUUUGGGGCCACGUCCCCCUCUUCCAGGACUUUGUUUGCGACUUCCGGGAUCUUUCUCGAAACAUAGCCUUACGACUUUUCACCCGUUGCCUCGAUGCUUUAUAUGCAGACACACGCACAAUGAUGUGUAUGUAUUAAAAGGAACUUGAUCCAAAGGUUUUUUUCCCCCUUCCUUUUUUGCACAUACCAAGGGGGAUGUAUUAGCCUCCCCUCUUUGGGAGCUCGGUCCUAAAUCUCUCCUAGGUUCGGAGAGAUGAAAUCUUAAGCUCUCAAAGCCCAAGGAAAAGGAGGGCUUUAUGGGAAGGAUAUGGGUUCUGUUUCCUUAGCCGUUAAGUGGCUUGUUGGAGUCCAAAAAUCCUCAUUCGUGCAUCGUUACAUGAUGGAAUUAAUGCGGUUUGAUGCUACCUGUAAUUGCCUUAUCUCAAUGCUAUGGAAUCCUAGGAGUUUGACACAGAAAAGGCUCCCAGGAUCCCACAGCGUUGGCGAUGAAUGCAGUUUGAAACUUUAGGAACGAAAGCAGCAUCGAAACUGCAUUGAUGCUACUUUUUAGUUUGGGACUUUUCUCAAUCCUGGUUGAGGAUUGCAAUUCAGUCUUGCAACCGAUUGCAAGCCUCACAGCUGUUUGUUUUUCCUUUCCAAAGCUACCUUUUUGGGGUCGUUUUUAAAGCCUCGAACCCUUUGCCUGGCUGGUUUUAUCCUUCUUCCGCUUUGCUUUCCAGCCCAGUGAGUAAGGAAGGUUUUGGGAGCUUCCUACGGCAUUAAAGGGACGCAUGGAGUGAGAAUUCAAUAAAUAAUGUUGGUCUGCAACUCCCAGCAUCCCUCAGCCUCGCCUGGGCUGAUGAGUGGCACAGUUCGGCAGCAUUUGGGAGGUUUUAGGAUCCCAAUCCCACCGCCUUUAAAAGAAGGCUUUGGGAUUUAGGCCACAGCUUUCAAUGCCGAGUCUCAAGCGGUGGGCCCUCAGAUUAUUACUUUUGGAGCCCGCUUCCUUCCCGCUUUAAAGGGCCCCCUUCCAGUUCCUGGCAAGACGGUCCCAUGGCAAGUGAAUGUAUUUUCUCCGCCUUGUGGCCAGGCCUUUUUUGCUUCCUUCCUUCCUUCCUUCCUUCUUGGCUUUUCUUCAGACGCUGUGGUAUCAAUAGCCUAUAAUCAUCAGAUCCGUUGUAUGUACCUUUGUAUCCGAUAGAAAUGAACAUAAAACUUGAUGACGGGAAA